GAACAACCUUCUCUGACUGUUUGUGCUUACUUUUUGCUUUACUAGUAAAGCUUAGAACAUGUCCGAGACCGCUCCCGCGGCGCCUGCUGCCCCUGCACCUGUGGAGAAGACACCUGUGAAGAAGAAGGCGAAGAAGACCGGCGCCGCUGCUGGGAAGCGCAAGGCGUCCGGACCCCCGGUGUCCGAGCUCAUCACCAAGGCUGUGGCCGCCUCCAAGGAGCGCAGCGGCGUGUCCCUGGCUGCGCUCAAGAAGGCGCUGGCGGCCGCGGGGUACGAUGUGGAGAAGAACAACAGCCGCAUCAAGCUCGGGCUGAAGAGCCUGGUGAGCAAGGGUACCCUGGUGCAGACCAAGGGCACCGGCGCCUCCGGCUCCUUCAAACUCAACAAGAAGGCGGCUUCCGGUGAGGCUAAGCCCAAGGCUAAGAAGGCAGGCGCGGCCAAGGCCAAGAAGCCUGCGGGAGCAGCCAAGAAGCCUAAGAAGGCGACUGGUGCUGCCACACCCAAAAAGACGGCCAAGAAGACUCCGAAGAAGGCGAAGAAGCCUGCGGCGGCUGCCGGCGCCAAGAAAGUUUCCAAGAGUCCCAAGAAGGUGAAGGCUGCUAAGCCCAAGAAGGCAGCAAAGAGUCCAGCCAAGGCCAAGGCUCCCAAGGCUAAGGCUUCCAAGCCUAAAGCUUCUAAGCCGAAGGCCACCAAGGCAAAGAAGGCUGCCCCUCGCAAGAAGUAGAGUGGUGCGUCCUGCUUUGAAAAUCUCAAACGGCUCUUUUCAGAGCCACCCA